CGCCAGUACCCAACCAAAUACCCACACCAUUUCCCCUCCCUUUCGCCCCUUCCUCUCCUUUCUCCCUUAUUCCUGCCCCUUUUUGUCCUAGGGUUUCUCCAACCCCCAUCACCACCGUUGAUUUUUUGUUAUGAUCGAGAACAAGAUAUGGCAGCAAGCAUGGAUUUUUCACCGCCAUUUACUCUACUAGAAGGCGGUUACAACAACAAUUUGUCAGAAAAUUUAGAGAAUCUUAAACAACCCACUAAUGGUAAACCUCCGUGUCAUCUCCGUCAAAGUAUGGACUCCGUCCGAUUGCUCAACGCUGCUGAUCUGGCCCUUAAUGUUGGGGUUGAGGUUGUGAUUGGUAAUUCACCGGCUGAAGAGAAAUCGGAGUUCUUUCCGGCGGUGUUUCGAUCGGGAAGUUGUGCUGAAGGAGGGCCGAAACAGUAUAUGGAAGAUGAGCAUGUUUGUAUAGAUAAUCUUGUUGAUCAUCUAAGAGCUACCACCAGCGCCAAUUGCCCUUCUCCUGGAGCUUUUUACGGGGUGUUUGAUGGGCAUGGAGGUACGGAUGCGGCUUCAUUUGUGAAGAAUAAUAUUCUGAGGCUUAUAGUCGAGGACUCCCAUUUUCCGAAUUGUGUAGAGAAGGCGAUUAAGAGUGCGUUUGUGAAAGCUGAUUAUGCGUUUGCAGAUGAUAGUGCACUUGAUAUCUCUUCUGGCACCACUGCACUGACUGCUCUUAUACUUGGAAGGACAUUAGUAGUUGCCAAUGCUGGGGAUUGUCGAGCAGUGCUGGGUAGGCGAGGUAGAGCAAUUGAGAUGUCCAAAGACCACAAACCUAACUGCACAUCAGAAAGACUUAGAAUUGAGAAACUUGGUGGUGUCAUUUAUGAUGGCUACCUCAAUGGCCAAUUGUCUGUUGCACGAGCCCUUGGAGACUGGCAUAUGAAGGGCCCAAAAGGCUCUGCCUGCCCUUUAAGUGCCGAGCCUGAACUGCAGGAGACAAGUUUGACCGAGGAUGAUGAGUUCUUGAUCAUGGGCUGUGAUGGCUUGUGGGAUGUAAUGAGCAGCCAGUGUGCGGUGACAAUUGCUAGGAAAGAACUGAUGCUCCAUAAUGAUCCUGAAAGAUGCUCAAGAGCGCUGGUCCGAGAGGCACUCAGACGAAAUGCGUGUGAUAAUUUAACAGUGAUUGUUAUUUGUUUCUCCCUGGAUCCACCCCAUCACAUAGAAAUCCCACAACCCCGAGUUCAGAGUAUAUCAGCUGAAGGUCCAAACUUACUGAAGGGUGUUCUAGAUAGUAACUCAUGAAAAAAAUGAUGAUCCGUCACCUUUGUACAAAUUCAUUCGAGGUUGGAAUCAGUAAGAACAUCAUUUCCUCCGAGAUGCUCCUGAUAUCCACAAGGCCAUGGCUGCCAUUCAGCUUUAUUCAGGGAAUAAAUAUGGCACAGAAUGUGAUUCUUUGAGUUUCAAAACCCUUUACACUCGAUGUAAUUUAUGUUGCACCAUUAGGAGCUGUUUAGUUUCAUGGACCUUCCUCUCAUUCUUUACUUCUCCGCUGUACAUAAUUUGGGGGAAAAUUGAGAGGUGUGAUCUAACACUUCUCUUUUAAAUAGUUGAUCUCUUUGUUGUUAUUCAAUGAAUUAAUUGAUUGCGAGGGAUUUCCAUGGA